ACCGCACGGUCACCUUUUCUGCUACGCUUUAUCACUUCCAUUUGAACAUCAAGCCUAAUAUCACUGCGCUGUUUCUUACGCUCACCACCUGCACUGUCACUACGCCUGCUACUCAUUGUUGAAGGUUUGAAACGAUAUUUUGCAAUUAAAAAUUCCACGCCGAUCUACAACGAGCACUCGUAGCUACGCACACGAGAGAACACGAUGGGUCUGAGAAAAUGGCGGCGCAUGUGUGAGUUGUACAGUACCUCUACACCCCCCCCCCCGAGAGCCGAGUGUAAAACAACGUAUAUCGAUACGACGUAUUGUAUCGGGGACCCCCUGCACAUAGACGAGUCCCUUCUAGUGUCACGAUUGUGCCGUCGUUGUUGCACCACAGGCGAGCGGGGCUCCCCAGGGGCGGCGGGCGCGCCGGGCCUGGUGAGCGAUGCUGCGCUGGUGCGCGAGGACGGGGGAUUCCUGCUCGUCAAGCACAGCCAAUCGAUCGAGGUGCCUGCAUGCCCCCAGGGCAUGGCGCGCCUGUGGGAUGGCUUCAGCCUCCUCUACAUCGAGGGCAAUGAGAAGGCCGCCUCGCAGGACCUGGGCCUGGCGGGAUCGUGCCUGCCGCGCUUCAGCACGAUGCCCUUCGUCUACUGCGUGGACGCCGUGUGCAGCUACGCGUCGCGCAACGACAAGUCCUUCUGGCUCUCCAGCACCGCCGCCAUUCCCAUGAUGCCCGUGUCCGGAGACGACAUCCGCCCCUACAUUAGUCGGUGCUCGGUGUGCGAGGCGCCGACACAAGCGAUCGCUGUGCACAGCCAAGACAGUGAAAUUCCACGGUGCCCGCCAGGGUGGCGAAGCCUCUGGAUCGGCUACUCCUUUCUCAUGCACAUGGCGUCGGCGGAAGGUGGCGGGCAGCCGCUGGAGUCUCCGGGCUCGUGCCUUGAGGACUUCCGCACGUCGGCCUUCCUCGAGUGCCAGGGCCCGCGUGGCACCUGCCACUACUUUGCGGACGAGCAAAGCUUCUGGCUGACGCGCGUAGCGGCCGCCUCCCAGUUCGCGCCGCCGCGGCCCGGCACCAUCAAGGACGCGUUCGGGCAGCGGUCACGCAUCAGCCGCUGCCAGGUCUGCUUGAAGAACGUGUGAGCGGCGGCGGCGAGGCG